GCGGCCGCGGCUCUGGCCGCGGCGGUGGGUGUGUGCGAGUGUGUGAAGGACGCCACCUCUCGCUCCUGCUUUGCAGGCGGCGGCGGGCGGCGGGGCUUCUCGCUCCGGCAGCGGCGGCGACAGCGGUGGCGGCUUCCGGAGUCCCGCCGCGAAGAUGCUCAAAGUCACGGUGCCCUCGUGCUCGGCCUCGUCCUGCUCUUCGGUCACCGCCAGUGUGGCCCCGGGGGCCGGGAGCCUCGUCCCGGAUUACUGGAUCGAAGGUUCCAACAGAGAUGCUUUGAGCGAUUUCUUCGAGGUGGAGUCAGAGCUGGGACGGGGUGCUACAUCCAUUGUGUACAGAUGCAAACAGAAGGGGACCCAGAAGCCUUAUGCUCUCAAAGUGUUAAAGAAAACAGUGGACAAAAAAAUUGUAAGAACUGAGAUAGGAGUUCUUCUUCGCCUCUCACAUCCAAACAUUAUAAAACUUAAAGAGAUAUUUGAAACUCCUACAGAAAUCAGUCUGGUCCUAGAACUGGUCACGGGAGGAGAACUGUUUGACAGGAUUGUGGAGAAGGGAUAUUAUAGUGAACGAGAUGCUGCAGAUGCUGUUAAACAAAUCCUGGAGGCAGUUGCCUACCUACAUGAAAAUGGGAUUGUCCAUCGUGAUCUCAAACCAGAGAAUCUUCUCUAUGCAACUCCAGCCCCAGAUGCACCACUCAAAAUCGCUGAUUUUGGACUCUCUAAAAUUGUGGAACAUCAAGUACUCAUGAAGACAGUGUGUGGAACCCCAGGGUACUGCGCACCUGAAAUUCUUAGAGGCUGUGCCUAUGGACCUGAGGUGGACAUGUGGUCUGUAGGAAUAAUCACCUACAUCUUACUUUGUGGAUUUGAACCAUUCUAUGAUGAAAGAGGUGAUCAGUUCAUGUUCAGGAGAAUUCUGAAUUGUGAAUACUACUUUAUCUCCCCCUGGUGGGAUGAAGUAUCUCUAAAUGCCAAGGACCUGGUCAGAAAACUAAUUGUUUUGGAUCCUAAGAAACGGCUGACUACCUUCCAAGCUCUCCAGCACCCAUGGGUCACAGGUAAAGCAGCCAAUUUUGUACACAUGGAUACUGCUCAAAAGAAGCUCCAAGAAUUCAAUGCCCGGCGCAAGCUUAAGGCAGCAGUGAAGGCCGUAGUGGCCUCUUCCCGGCUGGGCAGUGCCGGCAGCAGCCAUGGCAGCAUUCAAGAGAGCCAGAAGGCCAGCCAAGCGCCAGCUCUGACCCAGGAUGGCAGUGAAGAUGUUAAAGCUAUUUCGGAAGGAGAGAAAGCUCAAGGAGGUGGGGCCCAGGUGGCAGUUGACGGGGCAGAGGCUGAGAUGAUGAAGGUACAGGCCGUAGGGGAAGUUAAAGAUGCGGAUAGAAAGGCUACCAACAUGGUGUCCAAGGCACUAGAGGAUGGGAUAAAGGUGGUUGCCCCAGAAAUAGAUGAGGGCCUAGUAGAGGAGAAGCUGAAGACCAUGGAGGAAGCAGCAGUCCCCAAAGAAGGGCAAGAAAACCCGGCUCUGGGAUUUGGAGCUCAGCAGAAUGACGUGGUCCUGCCAGAAUACUGAUUUGGCUUCUUUCCAAACUGGAAGCCAAAUUCUGGCACUUUAUGCAUUUUGUCCUUCAGCAAGGAAGGUGUGGAAGCAUGAUAUGCACCAUAGUGAUUCUGUUUUUUGAGGUGCAAAAAAAUAAUACAUAUCUAUCAGUUGGUAAUCCUAAAUUCAUGCAUGUGACUGCUUUAUGAAAAAAUAGUGUCUUCUAUGAUAUGUAAUGGAUACCUAAUGCCGAGGAGUUAAAUUUGAAAUUGCAAGUAAACACAACAUUUAAAAACAUACAUGUUCAGGGACCAGUAGCACACGUUGAAGUAACUAGUAAAUUGUUUUUGCUUUGAAAACCUAGUCAUCAUAAUCUUUUGGAUUUCUUCAUAAAGCAGUAAUUCCUUUGGACUCUUGCUUAACUAAUAUUAGGUAGUGCUCUAAGACGUGUUCCCAUGGCAUUCACAACAUUAUUCUUUUCAAUGUGCUCAAACUGUCCCAUGUGUUCAAACUGUUUACAAGGAGAUGGUUACAGGUUAGUUUUAUGAUACAUACAAAAAAAAAAAAAAAAUUCCCACCUAAAAUGGUAAGAAAUUGAAGCAUACAUAAGGGCCGUGAAACAAAAUGCCC